AUGUCUGUGAAUUUGGUUGCUGAGCCAGAAGCAAAGUCUUUUGAGUUUGUGAAUCCCGGCGACACAUUUCCUUAUCGCGAGAUCGACUUACCCCUGCCAAUUUUCAAUGAGGCUGGGGUGUCGCUAUCCCCCUCUCUAAUAAUCGGGAGAGCUAGCCACAAGGGCGAGAAGUCGGAAAGACAGGAAAGGCAGGACAAUUUUCUAGUAAAUGACGCUGCUGUGAGCGCCAAUCACAUUUUGGGAUAUGUGACACCCGUCAGCGAUGACGAAAAACUGGCGAUCUAUAUCAAGGACGUUUCCCAGCACGGGUCUUGCUUGCUACGCUAUGGAACCCCAGAUGCUAUGAGAUUGAAAAAGAAUGGGACCCGCGUUAUGCUGCGCAAUGGCGAUAUCAUUGGGCUUGUUGUUCUUGGCAAGUGCCGGGCGAAUGAUCCAUUCGAUAUAUUUAGAUGCACCAAAGUGCAGUUCCAAGUGGUGACAGACUACCGAAUGAAAUUGCGUGCUGUUCGGCUCAACCGCAAUGAGUAUCUGAGAGUAGCUGGUGAGAAGCCUGAACAGGACCUCUGGGAUUGGACAUUUACCGAUUUAACGAAGGACGCCGCCGCGUUUGGAGGACUCAACGACGAGCAUUUGGACGCGCUGCGCGACAUGUUCAGCAAGACCUUCGAACCCCCUGUCAGCGAGUCCACGUACUUUGGCCCAGACUCUGAGGACUUCUUUGAAGAGGAUUCAGACUCAGGGGGCGAGGUGGAGUGCGAAUGUGUGGAGCGCGAGACAGAUUUCUGGGCCCAUGGUUUAUCGGAUUCUGACAGCGAGGAGACGCCUAGCGAGGACCCUGACUCUGACCACAUAGUCGAGUUUGUGUGUGAGGGAAGCUGUAACUUGUUCAGCAACAACGAGCAAAAUUCGGACUCUGCGCCAGAGGAAGAAGCCUUUCUCAAGGAAGUCAUUGCGGAGCCUGUGGAAAUGGCGUUUGAGCCCGAGAACGAGCCCGAAAUUAAGAUUGAGCCCGACUUGGAGGAGCGUGCGUGCAGAAAGAGACCGAUCUCGGACACCGCUGACACCGUCUACGAGAUCCAAGAGCAGGAGCCAGUGAAGAAAACCAAGAAAGUCCAGGCCAAGCCGUUCCUGGCCGGCCUUGCGUUCGGCUCUGCGCUGACGUUUGGCGCGCUUUCCGUGUUCGGAUCCUACAUCGAAUAA